AUGGUACCUUCAAGUUCUCAUUUCUUAAUGGGGUGGUUCAAUGAUGGUGACUAUGUGCGUAUUGAUGAGUUAUCUUCCACAAGGGAAGAUCACACGAGGAGAAUUUCUGUUCUUCCUCUAGUAUUUCUCAUCUUCUAUGAGGUUUCUGGGGGACCCUUCGGUGUUGAGGAUACCGUGCAUGCAGCAGGUCCUCUAUUAGCCCUUCUGGGGUUCUUGAUUUUAGCAGUCAUAUGGAGUGUUCCCGAGGCUCUGAUUACUGCAGAGAUGGGUACAAUGUUCCCUGAGAACAGUGGCUAUGUGGUUUGGGUCUCUUCUGCUCUGGGACCCUUUUGGGGGUUUCAGCAAGGUUGGAUGAAAUGGCUAAGUGGGGUGAUUGAUAAUGCUUUGUACCCAGUUUUAUUUCUUGAUUAUUUGAAAUCAGGAAUCCCUGCAUUGAGUGGUGGUGUUCCCAGAACUAUUUCAAUUUGGGCUUUAACUGUGGUUCUCACUUGCUUGAACUAUACCGGUUUAACUGUAGUGGGAACGGUUGCUGUUCUUUUAGGUGUUUUCUCACUGCUUCCUUUUGUGGUCAUGGGAUUCUUGUCAAUUCCAGACUUGAAACCUUCAAGAUGGUGCGUGACAAAUCUUGAUGAUGUUGAUUGGAAUCUGUAUUUAAAUACUUUGUUUUGGAAUCUCAAUUAUUGGGACUCUAUUAGUACUCUUGCUGGAGAAGUGGAAAAUCCAAGGAGAACUCUUCCUAAGGCUCUAUUUUAUGCUUUGAUCCUCGUAGUUUCGGGCUAUUUCUUCCCUCUUUUGAUUGGGACUGGUGCUGUUCCCCUCAACAGGGAGUUGUGGACUGAUGGGUACUUCUCAGAUAUUGCUGAGAUGGUUGGAGGAGUGUGGUUGAGGUGGUGGCUUCAGGCUGCUGCUGCAAUGUCAAACAUGGGAAUGUUUGUAGCUGAGAUGAGUAGUGACUCUUUCCAGCUUCUUGGCAUGGCUGAGAGGGGCAUGUUACCUGAGUUCUUUGGCAAGAAGUCUCGUUAUGGAACUCCUAUAAUAGGAAUACUCUUUUCUGCCUCUGGUGUGAUUUUACUCUCAUGGCUGAGUUUUCAAGAGAUUGUGGCUGCUGAAAAUUUCUUGUACUGUUUUGGGAUGAUUUUAGAGUUUGUGGCAUUCAUAUUGUUGAGGAUCAAACACCCCAAUGCAUCUAGACCUUACAAGAUUCCAGGGGGAACAGCUGGAGCAAUUGCUAUCUGCAUUCCUCCCACAAUUUUGAUUUUCGUGGUGCUGGCUUUCUCCACCAACAAAGUUCUGGUUAUAAGCCUCAUUGCCGUACUGAUUGGCCUUGUAAUGCAACCUUGUCUCAAGAUUCUGGAGGAAAGGAGAUGGAUGAAAUUCUCAGUAAGUUCUGAGCUCCAGGAUCUUGACAAUCAAGAGAGCAUUCGCUCCCUUGUGGAUUAG